AUGUCAUUUGAAAGAAUUAAUCUUGUGUUAAAACAAAUCUCUGCAUCGGAUUCUUAUUCAUCUGUUCAAUCUCUGCUUACACAAUAUUUUUUCGAUAGAACUCUCCAGUUAACAGCGGUUGAUCAAGAAAAAGUAGUUCGGUUAUGUUUGAGAAAGCUACCCGACUGGUUUUCUCAGCAUCCCGAACAAGUGAAAGAGAUUAAAAUAGAUUUUCAUCAACAUCUCCUUCAAACCCCGAUUUUACUAACGCAAAAGCAAAUUAUUGACUUAAUUCUGAAUGAAUUUCAAACCAUACCAGUCGAUUAUUUCAUUUUCCUUCUCAAUGAUAUCUAUGAGAAAAACUAUGUUAAAUUAUUAAGUGAAUUAGAAAAAGAAAACGAUAUUGGAUAUAUUAUUCACCUUCCCGAUCGAAUUACAAACAUUUCGUUAACGAACAUUCCGUCGAACUUUCGAGCGAAGAUCUAUUUCAAUCGAUUGAGUGAAUAUAUUGAAGAACAAUUGAUCACAUAUCAUUAUCCAAAGAUGAUCGCGCAAACCGAUACAAAUGUUCAAUUCUUAUGUCAACUCAUACAUAAAGCAGCGAAAUUAGGAUAUACGGAAUAUAUCUGGCGUCGAUUGUAUAAGAAUUUAUUCCUAAUCAAAUGUCCUACCGAUUCACUCUGGUUACGAUUAGCGCAGUACUUUCUUUUGGAAACAAUCGACGAUGUUCUCCUUUACACCAUUCAACACGGUAAUGCUCAAACGCUUGAUUUAUUCCUUAGUGAUCGUAUUCUUCAUAUUCCGUUAUUACAAACGUAUUUGAUCGAUACACUUCUCUUUCGUAAACAAUUAUCUAUUCAAAUCGUUCGAACUAUUCUUAUUUACUUAACUAUGUCGCCCAAUCGAAUAGAGCAAUGUUUUGAGAAAACAUUUGUUCGAUUUUUAAAAUUAUGGUCUCAGGAAAGUUUUAUUCGGUUUUCGUCGAAUGAGCAACAUUUUUACAUCUGUCAAUGCAUAUGCCUUUGUUUAUCACUUCAUCAUCACGUUCACAUUCAACAGGAUAAAGAUGAAAUCAUUCUGUGCAUAUUAAAUGGUAUUCGGAUACAUUUAGAAUCUACUUUUGACUAUAUCCGUCGGCGUGGACAGUUUCUCGGAGAAUUGAUUGUGGAAAGAAUUGACGUGUUUUCGAAUCCAAAUCAACUUCAAUUCAAUACAUAUGAUAAAAAUCAUCCGGAAAUCGAAAGUUUAAGAAAACUAGCGGAAUUGAAUCAUUCAGCAACCGAUAGAGCAUUGUCAGAUGAUGAGCAACAAGAAAUUCCUAAGAAGAAAGAAUCUCCUAAAUCAGUUUCACCGUCGAACAUAGUUGUCCUUCACGAAGCUUCCAACGACGAUGAUGAUGACGAUGACAGUGAAUUUGAAACUUACGAUUAUUCCCACGACACGAUCAAAUCUGAAGUAUCAAAGCCGAGUUAUAUUCGUUCAUGUCUUGCCGAUCUAAUCGCCACCGACAAAGUUCCUCAAUUAGAAGCCGCUCUACACGUUUUACCAUCAUUAAUUGAACUCUAUAGAAUCGAAUGUGAAGAAGUAGCUUUAGAAUUAACACGAAUUCUCUUGAACUACAAUAGUACAUUCAAUAUCGAGAAUUUUCAUGAACUACAGCUGAAUGGACUGGUGACAUUAUGUAAAACAUAUCCAUUGUUAAUCAGUGAUUAUUUAUGCAAACAAUUCUACGAAAGAAAUUAUACGUUAAAUCAGCGAAGUUUGAUUCUAAAAACGAUCCAAGAGACUGGAAAGCGAUUGUCAAGUAUUGAUCAGAUUCGAACGAAAAUUUAUGAAGAAUUAUUUUCUUCUUCUGAUGAGGAAGAAGAAGAAUCAUGGCGUUCAACGAUCAACAAACGAUUAAAAUUGAAGACAAAAUACAAAACCAAGACUCGUUCAAUUCAUCAACCGAUCUUGAAAGAAAAUUCUUUCGGCAACAUCGUUGGAUAUUUUUUCUAUCCGUUAAUCUCACAAAUCGAUCAAUCGACACCGCAUUUAUCAUUAAUCGACGGCGAUAGCGAACAUUUGCUAUUAUGCGAACUUCUGGCUUGUUUAGGACGCUUGUGUAUCCAUGCCCAAAACACAUUGAUUUUGAAAAACAUGGUCAAACAGUUCCUACAAGUCUUGAAAGUCCUACAGCAACAUCUAGAUGCCGGCGUUCGACAUGCUGUUGUCUACGGUUAUGCGUGCUGUUUAGUUUCCAUUGGAAAUCAAUGCUAUGACGAAGAUUUACAAACGAGUUUUAUAGAAUUAAAGCAAUGGUUAGAUGAGAUGAUUCUUAAGGAUACGAAUACUGAAGUUCAGAAAUUAGCGAGAUCAACUCAUUUAUCUUCCUGUCGAUAUUUGAUUCAAAUCCACGAGAGUUUAACCAUGUUGAAAGCACAAGUUAUUCUGAUGUUUAUCUGCGCACAAAUAUUCCUCAUCAACUGUUUUACAUUAAAUCAUAUUCCGAGACCACUCUGGUCAGAAUCUGAUGGUGAAAUCAACGAUGAACUUCUUUCGAAGUUAUUACGAACUGAAGCAUUGUUAAGUGAAGCUACGCCAACAAUCGGUUCAUCAGCUGUUGGUCUCUUCGAGCAAACCGAUGGUCAUCCACGUGGUUUACAAAAACGAGGACGACAAUGCUUAUGGAAAGUAUGCAGUUGGGCACUUGAUAAACGUUCAUUGCGUUCACCAAGUCCAUCGUCAACGAAUUCCCUCGAUACUUUAUCCAAACUGUUAUAUUAG